AUGUCGUCUUCCUUUGACGAGAUCAAAAACUUGUACCAGACGUUGAAGACGGAAUGGAAUAAAAAAAAACCAGAUUUUAAACAAUGCAACAGCAUAUUGUUACAAAUCAAGAUUGGAAUGACUAAACAUACCUUUUUACCAACUUCUAAUGUGGAAGCAUCUCAAAAAGAAUAUCUGAUAGCUAGAGACAUCUUAGAAGUGGGGGUACAAUGCAGUAUUGCCAUGCAUGAUAUUCCAUCUUUUGAACGGUACAUGGCUCAACUCAAGUGUUAUUAUUUGGACUACAGGGACAAAUUACCAGAGUCUGCGAAUCAAUAUCAUUUGUUAGGUCUGAACUUACUGUUCUUACUAUCUCAAAAUCGAGUAGCUGAAUUUCAUACAGAAUUGGAGCUUCUCCCAUAUGAUAUUGUACAAACCAAUACAUAUAUUAGGCAUCCGGUCGCUUUAGAACAAUAUUUGAUGGAAGGCAAUUAUAACAAGAUAUUUCAAGCAAAGAGUAAUGUGCCGUCAGAUACAUAUAAUUUUUUUAUGAACAUACUGUCAAACACACUUCGUAAUGAAAUUGCUGAAUGCUUACAAAAAGCAUACAAAAAAGUAUCUAUAAAUUCUGCUACAAAAAUGUUAAACUUCAACAGUACUAAUGAAACGAAUGACUUUGCUAACAAGAAAAAGUGGAUUUUGGGUCAAGAUGGUUAUUACGUAUUCCACCUCGAAGAAGAGAAGAAAGCAAUAGAACCUCUGCCUGCAUUACAGAUUGCUGAUUAUGCUAUUCAUUAUGCCAAAGAGUUGGAAACUAUAGUCUAA